AACGAAUUGAAAGCCGGCGAAUAGCACACGCGUCAAUCACCAUCGUUGAUCGCUCCUUGGCCGUAAGCUCGAGAGAGCAGCGAUGCCAGUCGGGCUGCGAGCUUCGACCGCGAAGCUCGCCCCUCCUCGCAGGUGUGACAGUCUGUGUUCAUGCCUCGACCCGUGGUAAUCGCGCGUUCACCUCGAUGGACCGCGGGAGAAAAGAGAACGACCUGCACUCUAAGCCGACUUUAUAUGGCAACAAACGCCUUCUUGAACUCGAUCUGGAUUACUUGGAAAGGAGAGGAGGCGAGACAAUAACUUGUGAAAACGCCGAAAGCGGAUCGAAAGAGGAGGAAAGCCCCGCAGACACUCUGGAUCGUGUCAAAGUUGUGUUUCUCGGUGCACCCAGGGUGGGAAAGUCCAGCAUAAUUAGGCAAUUCGUUUGGAGCGAAUUCAGCGAAGAAUACAAGCCAACUGAACGUAGAGAGACUUUCUAUCCGAGCGUGGUACUUGCCGAUCGAUUAUACGAACUAAAAAUCACGGAUCUACCAAUGAUCCCGUACUUUCCGGUCAGCUCGCACCUCGAAUGGACGGACUUUCGUUAUUACGGAUUACGAAGUGCGAACGCUUACGUUCUCGUAUUCGAUCUCAGCAACCAGGACACGUUUCAGCACAUUAGAAUGUUACGAGAUCAAAUCUACGAAGCACGAGACAUGAGGGGCGUACCGUUAUUGGUAGUUGGGAACAAACAAGACGAAUUGUCGCCUGCGGCUGCUUCCGGAACUCGCUACAGGGACAUCGUUAAUCUCGUUCGAAAGCACUGGCGAUGCGGCUACGUGGAAUGUAGCGCCAGAUUUAACUGCCGUGUUGUGCAGGUGUUUCGUGAAUUAAUGAAGAGUAUUCAAGCCGUGGAAGGACGACCACCUUCCCCCACGCCUGCACCUUCACAACCCUUGCGAUCUCACUCGCAUGACACCAGCGAAAAAUGUAUUCUUCUCUGACAUUGAAGCCAGAAAAUCAACGUGCUCGACUUUUGCGACCACAUUAUCAAAAGAAGUUGCUUCUAUCCAUACCAUGAUACAGGGUCGUAGAUUUUUUGAGCCAGAAAUGGAAAAUGCGAAACAAUUAUUUCCGGUGUCAUCUAACGGAAUUGUAAUAUGAAAUACAAAAGAAUACAUGAAUUUCUUCGGUUCAUCAAUCGAUAAUGCAGUAACUGAUAAUACAGAAUGCAGUAUUGUAAUUACUAGUCAAGACAUUGAGAUCUUUCAUCGAAAAUAUGAACAGUUUUUUAUGAAAAGAUUCUAAACGUUUUUAUCAUUUUUAUAAAUUUAAUAACUAUAUAAUAAGUACAAAUUGAAACAAGCAAUCAAAAGUUAUUUUAAAGUAAGAUGAUUUUAUUAUUUUUCAAUUAAUUUUAACUUUGUCUUCAUUGUAAUUUUAACUUUGUCAUCUUGAUUGAUUAUUUUUUGCAAUAGAUCUCUCAAAAUUCAUGAAUCAGUAUUUUAUCAGUAUUAUGAGAAUCUAGUUAUGGAGAAAAUAUUGAAUAUACAUACUUCGCGAAUCGAAGAAGCUUCAGAUCUUGUCUGUGAAUAUUAUCAUCAAAACUGCUCAUUGUGUAAUUUUAACACUGAAAAAUAAUGCAAUCAUGUUAUACAACUGCUCUUUUGAGAAUGA